AUGCCUUCGAACUUCGAUGCAAAGAAGUCGCGCAUUUUGAAGCAGCUUGCUGAGCCUUGUGAGUCGUAUAAUGAUUCCUCACCAAAAGGAACGAUCGAUGAACCCAUCAGAUCUCUCAUAGACGAUAUCAACAACAGAGAAGGCUUCGUGACAACGAGUAGCUGUUCUGGUAGAAUCAGCGUUUUUCUCGAGGGAUCCAGGCCAGUUGAAAAAGCUGACGUCCAAGCGAACAGCCAAGCCGAUACUAUACGGUCGUCUGUUGGGGGUAAAGGCGGAGGCUCUUGGCGAUUUGUAUCUCAUAAGCCUGUGAAGCUCUGUAAUGAAAACUCAGAGGUUGAUCUGCAUAAUGCAUUUGGUAUGCACCCGAAGCAAAAGCUUCCUUCCGACAUGGAAAGCUCUACUCGUUAUGUACACCUAAAGUUCGAAGCAAUGAUUUUACACGUCCUUUCAGCUACAAAUACGUAUGCACAAGAAAUGCUCGCUGCUGCUCUUGCUUCGGGGUUCCGCGAGAGUGGAGCAGUGGGACUUUCAUCGUCCACCCAACAAGAAUCAACCCCUACUGUUGCUGUUCGGUCAACAGGACUGGGUUUUGAUGCUAUUAUCGGAUACGAGAUAUGCGAAGAUGGUGUACAACGAAUUCAAUCUCUUGUUGAUGAAUCCUAUCUUCGUAUCUUGGUAGGCAUUGCUAACAGCCGAUUCCGUAUCAACUCAGAAAGAAUCGCCAGGUUUCGCGAUAGUCUAUUCAGGGUUCGACUCAGCAACAUUAUUGACGAGGGUAAUCAGUUUAAAGCCACAGUUUGGGAAGACCCUGUUGCAAGAAGAGAGAGGAAACGACAGGAAGGCUUACAACGGCAGCAAAGACAACAAUUUGAGAAACUGUGCACCAAAGAAGAUGUGCUCGGGCAAGACGUAUACAAAGUGCAUCUCUCCGAGACUUCAUCUCCAUACCCAUCUCCAUCUUAA